AUGGCUCUGAAGCGAAAUACCGACCAGAGUCCAUCCGCUGCUUCGGUGGGCUACGUGGUACGGGGUGACGGCGUGUUGGCGGCGCUCCCAGGCCGCGUUGCGCAGAUGCAGUUUGUCGAGCACAAAGGGCACCGAUAUCGCAAACAGUCCUAUACGACUCAACUCAGCGACGUUUGCUCAAGUUGGGUGCUGCGACCUGCGCGAGUGCCUCCUCCUCCAGCGGCGACGAUGAUGUGUCGGCGGCGAAUUGCCACUUGUCAUCUCACGGCGACGACGAAAGCAGUCAUGUAUAAACCCCCUUCUCGCUUCCUGCCAAAACCAUGA